UGGCAUGGCUCUGCGUGCAUGCCGUGGAGUGUAGUGAGCACCGGGCUCCACCCCGCUCUGGGGCAGGGCUCCGCAUGGACUCCCUGGAGCAUGGUGACCACUGGGUUCCACCCUGUUCCGUGGCAUGGCUCUGCGUGCAUGCCGUGGAGUGUAGUGAGCACCGGGCUCCACCCCGCUCUGGGGCAGGGCUCCGCAUGGACUCCCUGGAGCAUGGUGACCACUGGGUUCCACCCUGUUCCGUGGCAUGGCUCUGCGUGCAUGCCGUGGAGUGUAGUGAGCACCGGGCUCCACCCCGCUCUGGGGCAGGGCUCCGCAUGGACUCCCUGGAGCAUGGUGACCACUGGGUUCCACCCUGUUCCGUGGCAUGGCUCUGCGUGCAUGCCGUGGAGUGUAGUGAGCACCGGGCUCCACCCCGCUCUGGGGCAGGGCUCCGCAUGGACUCCCUGGAGCAUGGUGACCACUGGGUUCCACCCUGUUCCGUGGCAUGGCUCUGCGUGCAUGCCGUGGAGUGUAGUGAGCACCGGGCUCCACCCCGCUCUGGGGCAGGGCUCCGCAUGGACUCCCUGGAGCAUGGUGACCACUGGGUUCCACCCUGUUCCGUGGCAUGGCUCUGCGUGCAUGCCGUGGAGUGUAGUGAGCACCGGGCUCCACCCCGCUCUGGGGCAGGGCUCCGCAUGGACUCCCUGGAGCAUGGUGACCACUGGGUUCCACCCUGUUCCGUGGCAUGGCUCUGCGUGCAUGCCGUGGAGUGUAGUGAGCACCGGGCUCCACCCCGCUCUGGGGCAGGGCUCCGCAUGGACUCCCUGGAGCAUGGUGACCACUGGGUUCCACCCUGUUCCGUGGCAUGGCUCUGCGUGCAUGCCGUGGAGUGUAGUGAGCACCGGGCUCCACCCCGCUCUGGGGCAGGGCUCCGCAUGGACUCCCUGGAGCAUGGUGACCACUGGGUUCCACCCUGUUCCGUGGCAUGGCUCUGCGUGCAUGCCGUGGAGUGUAGUGAGCACCGGGCUCCACCCCGCUCUGGGGCAGGGCUCCGCAUGGACUCCCUGGAGCAUGGUGACCACUGGGUUCCACCCUGUUCCGUGGCAUGGCUCUGCGUGCAUGCCGUGGAGUGUAGUGAGCACCGGGCUCCACCCCGCUCUGGGGCAGGGCUCCGCAUGGACUCCCUGGAGCAUGGUGACCACUGGGUUCCACCCUGUUCCGUGGCAUGGCUCUGCGUGCAUGCCGUGGAGUGUAGUGAGCACCGGGCUCCACCCCGCUCUGGGGCAGGGCUCCGCAUGGACUCCCUGGAGCAUGGUGACCACUGGGUUCCACCCUGUUCCGUGGCAUGGCUCUGCGUGCAUGCCGUGGAGUGUAGUGAGCACCGGGCUCCACCCCGCUCUGGGGCAGGGCUCCGCAUGGACUCCCUGGAGCAUGGUGACCACUGGGUUCCACCCUGUUCCGUGGCAUGGCUCUGCGUGCAUGCCGUGGAGUGUAGUGAGCACCGGGCUCCACCCCGCUCUGGGGCAGGGCUCCGCAUGGACUCCCUGGAGCAUGGUGACCACUGGGUUCCACCCUGUUCCGUGGCAUGGCUCUGCGUGCAUGCCGUGGAGUGUAGUGAGCACCGGGCUCCACCCCGCUCUGGGGCAGGGCUCCGCAUGGACUCCCUGGAGCAUGGUGACCACUGGGUUCCACCCUGUUCCGUGGCAUGGCUCUGCGUGCAUGCCGUGGAGUGUAGUGAGCACCGGGCUCCACCCCGCUCUGGGGCAGGGCUCCGCAUGGACUCCCUGGAGCAUGGUGACCACUGGGUUCCACCCUGUUCCGUGGCAUGGCUCUGCGUGCAUGCCGUGGAGUGUAGUGAGCACCGGGCUCCACCCCGCUCUGGGGCAGGGCUCCGCAUGGACUCCCUGGAGCAUGGUGACCACUGGGUUCCACCCUGUUCCGUGGCAUGGCUCUGCGUGCAUGCCGUGGAGUGUAGUGAGCACCGGGCUCCACCCCGCUCUGGGGCAGGGCUCCGCAUGGACUCCCUGGAGUGUACUGACCAUCGGACUCCAUCCUGUUCCGUGGCACGGCUCUGUGUGCAUGCCAUGCAGCGCUGUGAGCACCGGGCUCCACCCUACCCCAUGGCAGGACUCCGCAUGGACUCCCUGCAGCGUAGAGACCACCGGGCUCCAUCCCGUUCCGUGGCAUGGAUCUGUGUGCACACCAUGCAGUGUACUGAGCACGGGGCUCCACCCUGUUCUGAGACAGGGCUCCCCAUGGACUCCCUGCAGCGCAAUCGGUGCCAGGCUCCCCUCCGUUCCAUGGCCAGCUGCCCCGUGGACUCCCUGCAGUGGACUCAGCACCGGGCUACCCUCUGUUCCAUGGCUGGGUGCCCCGUGGACUCCCUGCAGUCCACUCGGCACCAGGCUGCUCUCCGUUCCGUGACCAGGCUCCCCAUGGACUCUCUGCAGUGCAAUCGGUGCCAGGCUACCCUCCGUUCCAUGGCCAGGCACCCUGUGGACUCCCUGCAGUGCUCUCGACACGAGGCUGCCCUCCGUUUUGUGGCCAGGCACCCCGUGGACUCCCUGCAGUGCUCUCGACACGAGGCUGCCCUCCGUUCCGUGGCCAGGCACCCCGUGGACUCCCUGCAGUGCUCUCGACACGAGGCUGCCCUCCGUUUUGUGGCCAGGCACCCCGUGGACUCCCUGCAGUGCUCUCGACACGAGGCUGCCCUCCGUUUUGUGGCCAGGCACCCCGUGGACUCCCUGCAGUGCUCUCGACACGAGGCUGCCCUCCGUUCCGUGGCCAGGCACCCCAUGGACUCCCUGCAGUGCAAUCGCUGCCAGAUUGCCCUUCGUUCCGUGGCCAGGUGUCCCAUGGACUCCCUGCAGUGCAAUCGGUGCCAAGGUGCCCUCCAUUCCGUGGCCAGGUGCCCUGUGGACUCCCUGAAGUGCACUUAGUGCCAGGCUGCCCUCUGUUCCAUGGCUAAGUGCCCCAUGGACUCCCUGCAGUGCACUCAGCGCCAGGCUGCUCUCCGUUCCGUGGCCAGGCUCUCCGUGGACUCCCUGCAGGGCAAUCGGCACCAGGCUGCCCUCCGUUCCAUGGCCAGGCUCCCCAUGCACUCCCUGCAGUGCAAUUGGUGCCAGGCUGCCCUCCGUUCUGUGGCCAGGUGCCCCAUGGAGUUCCUGCUUUGCACUCGGUGCCAGGCUGCCCUCUGUUCCGUGGCCAAGCUCCCCGUGGACUUUCUGAUGCUGCAGGAGCCGCGAGGCCCGACUGAAGCCACGGCCACACUGGGCGCACUGGUGAGGACGCUCCCCUGUGUGCAGGAGCUGGUGGCGGAGCAGAUCUGAGCGCCAAAGGAAGCUCUUCCCACAGUCCCCACAGCGGUGGGGUUUGUCUCCAGUGUGGUUCCUCUGGUGGGAGCGCAGCUUGGAGCAGCUGC